AUGGAUGAAAUUGGUAAUAGCUUCAUUUUCAUAAAACAAGAAAAGUGCGGUGAAACUGAGUCAACUUCUUUGAUGAUGGAAGUUAGGCAAGAGGAAGGUCAGCAGAGUUAUUAUGGUGAAUUAGUUCAUGUGAAACAAGAAGGAGAAACAUUUGUUCCAGAUGAUGAUAUUGAUGAUUCUGGUUGUCCUAUAAAGGAAGAAAAGAUUAACGAAACUGAUUCUGAUGAUAUUGAUGAUUCUGAUUAUUCUAUAAAGGAAGAAAACACAAAUGAAUCUCAUUCUGAUGGAGUCGAUUCGCCGGAAAACACACAACUCAGCCAGAGUGGCAUAAAUAUGAAGUUGAAUAUGGAUUCCGGCAAACUAUCAAAAGUCACUAGUAAUUCCUUGGAGUUAGGUUCACAAACAAUUGAAUCUCUUGAAUUAAAUAAAAAUUUACAACAUCAAGAGAGACCAGAAAAAUGUUAUGAAUGUCCUCAUUGUGACUACAAAGCCUCAAAGAAUUAUAUCUUAAAUAAACAUAUAAUGACCCAUCAUAAAGGUGAGAAACCUCAUCAGUGUCCUAAUUGUGAUUAUAAAGCUACAGAAAUUCAUCAAUUAAAAGCACAUAUAAAGCACCGUCAUACGGGAGAGAAGCCUUUUCAAUGUCCUGAUUGUGAUUACAAAGCGGUAACUAUUAGUAUGAUAAAAAGGCAUAUAAAGUACCGCCAUACUGGUGAAAAGCCUCAUAAAUGUCCUCAUUGCGACUAUAAAGCAGUAAGAAAUAGUACAAUCAAAAUACACGUUAAGGCUUGUCAUACAGGUGAAAGAACUCAUCAUUGUCCAUACUGUGCCUAUAAAUCAGUUACAAUCAGGAAUUUAAAAUUACAUAUAAUGAGCCUUCAUACAGGGGAGAGGCCUCAUCAAUGUCCUCAGUGUGACCACAAGGCAAUUACAAUUAGUAAUCUGAAAAGACAUAUAUUCAGCCGUCAUACAAAUGGCAAACCCCAUCAAUGUCCCUUUUGUGACUACAAAGCAGUAGCAAUUACUUCAAUAAACAUACAUGUGAUGGCAUGUCAUACCGGAGAAAAAUCACAUCAUUGUCCUCAUUGUGACUAUAAAGGUGUAACAGUUGGAAAUUUGAAAAUCCAUAUAAAGUAUAAUCAUACAGGUGAGAAGCCUCAUCAAUGCCCUCAUUGUGAAUAUAGAGCAGCAGAAGUUACUAAUUUAAAUAAACAUAUAAAGGCACAACAUACAGAUGAUAAACCACAUCAGUGUCCACAUUGUGACCAUAAAGCAGCAGAAAUCGGUAAUUUAAAAAGGCAUAUAAAAUCCCGUCAUACUGGUGAGAGGCCUCAUCAUUGUCCUCAUUGUGAUUAUAAAGCUGUUCAAAUUAUACAUUUAAAAAGGCAUAUAAUGGUUCGUCAUACAGGUGAGAAGCCUCAUCAAUGUUCUCAUUGUAACUAUAAAACAGCAGAAAUUAGUAAUUUAAAAAGACACGUAGUAGCUCGUCAUCCGGGUAUGAAUCCCCAUCAGUAUCCUUCAUCAUAAAUAAAGCUGUGCCUUAUAGUCAUUCAAUGAUAUGUGCUAAGUCCUGGCACACAUGAGACAUUUCUCUAUUCUUUGUAUCCUGAAUAGAUGGUACAAGGAGAAACCCGAAAGUUUCGUAGAGGAACUGUGGUGGGUAGGAUGAGUGGGAAAACCAGUUCUUUGAGAGAAUUCCCAUCAGUAUCCUUUAUCAUAAAUAAAGCUGUGCCUUAUAGUCAUUCAAUGAUAUGUGCUAAGUCCUGGCACACAUGAGACAUUUCUCUAUUCUUUGUAUCCUGAACAGAUGGUACAAGGAGAAACCCG